AUGAGUGAAACGACAAACACCAACUUCCCUAUAUCUGACGACAUAUGGUUAGAAAAAAUCCAAACUGAAAUCCAAAAUGCUGUUACUAAAGAAGACAAGCAGAGAAUAAUUUAUCUUUUUUCUGAGGCGGUCAAAGAUUAUCUAUCGAUUAAAUUAUGGAUCGCUUACACAAGUUACGCGUCAAAUGAGUAUCAAAAUUCUCUUAAUCAAAUGGAUGAGGGAGAAGAUGAUUAUAAAUUUAUUACAUUGGAAGAUGUUCGUAAAGUGUUUCAGGAAGCUUGUAAUGCGACAAAUUAUAUUAUACCCGAGAGCCAUAAAAUUUGGGAUUCUUAUAGAGAUUUUGAAGAGAAUAUUCUCGAGAAAUAUAAAGUUCAAAAAAUGUAUCUGGAUCGUCUCAAAAUUCCUCAUUCAACUUUAGAGAAAACAUUUACGGAAUAUUCUUCCUUUAUAACGAAAUAUAAUAAUGAUAAUUAUGAAAGUCUCAUGAUUGAGUCAAAUUCUUUAUUUAAUGAAGCAAAAUCCCAAUAUUAUAAAAGAGAUAAAUAUGAACAAGAAUUGAUUGAUUCCAAUUUCGCUCUAGAUAAAUUUAUGAAUUAUAUUCAAUUCGAAAAACAGCAACCAAAACCAUUUUUACCAAUAAUCCGUACUUUAUAUGAGAGGGCUAUUUAUGUUCAUUAUUUAGUUCCAUAUCUAUGGGAAGAUUAUAUUUUUUAUUUACUUGAAAAAAAAAUAUCAAAUGAUAUCAUUAUAGAAACUUCUGAGCGUAGUACUCGCAACUGUCCAUGGUCAGGAGAUUUAUGGAGUCAUUAUAUGCGAGCUUUAGAAAAACGUCCAAGUUCAAAUUCAUAUGAUGAAAUUAAAAGUGUAUUCCAAAAUUCUCUCUCUAUAGAAAUGCUUAAAAAUAAUGUGGAUGAUCUGGUUAAAGUAAUAAUAGCUAAUUGUGAUCUAGAAAGAAGAAAAUUAUUAAAAUCCGGAACAUCUAUAAAUUUAGAGAAUUCAGUGAAUCUUAAAAAUGCUUUAUCAGAAGGACUUCAAACAGUUAAUCAAGUUUUUCAAGAUGGGGAUCCUUAUUAUCGUUUGGAGAGAUAUUUAAUAGAAAUUGAGACAUUAACAGGAAAUGUAAUUAAAGCGAGAGAAAUUUGGGAGCAGAUUAUUAAACAGCACCGUGGUGAAUCAGAAGCAUGGAUUCGUUACAUUGAUUGGGAAAAAUCUUUGGGAAAUUUAGAAGAAGUUCGCAAAAAGUAUAAGGUGGCAGCUCAUCAAAAUACAGAUUGGCCAGAACGAAUAUUUGAUGGUUUGGAACAAUUUGAACAUCAAUAUGGAACAUUAGAGAAUUUAGAAAGUACCUUGGUUUUUUUAGCAAAGCAAAAGUUGAAAGUUGCAAAUCGACGCGCUAAGACUAUGGAAGAAUAUUAUCAAGCUGAACAAUCUCAAAUAGAUCAAACUCAAUCCCAACAGGCAUAUAACAUCCAAUCAUCAAAUAACUUAAUUGAUUCAAGUAACAAUGUUAGAAAAAGAAAAUAUGAGGAAGACGAUUCAUUAUUAGAGAAAAGGAACAAACCAUUCAUUCACAAUAAACCAAAACGGGAUCGCGAGUUUACCACAAUAGUUGUGACAAAUUUACCUCUACAUAUUACGGAAGGAAUUCGUAUAUUAGAAGAUUCAGAUGAAUCUCAAAAAUAUGCUUAUAUUGAAUUUUCAUUUAGGGAAGAUGUUCCAGCUGCAUUAACUAAAGACAAAAAAAAGAUUGGAGAAAAUGAAAUUAAUGUUUAUAGAAUACUUGAACAUAUUUUAUAUGUUACAAAUUUUAUUCCAUCCACAGAUUUGAAGGAAUUAUUCGAGAAGGAUUCAGCACAUGCCGCAUUAGAAAUGAAUGGUUACGAAGUUGAACCAGGAAGAAAAUUGAAAGUUGCGAUUUCAAACCCGAUAUUAAGAAAGCCUCGUUCACCACCAGAACAAAGAGAGAUUUUUAUUCGUAAUCUCCCAAGUGAAGUGAAUAGUGAGGAAUUAGAAUCAAUAUUUAACAAAUACGGUAGAAUUAUUAAGGUGAGAAUACCUACGACACCUGAUAAUAAGUGUAAGGGUAUCGCGUAUAUGGAAUUUGAUAGUGAGGAAAAUGCAAAAUCUGCGCUAGCGUUAAAUUUAGUAGAAUUUAAAGGAUGCAUUUUGAACGUUGAUCUAAGCCGCAUUAGCGAAAAAAGUCGGCAAGUUAUAUUUAGUAAAUUACCAUCCGAUACUACCGAAGAAAUGAUCCGUGAAAUUAUUUUAACGCAACUUGAGGGGAAUGGUAUAGAAGAAAUUAAUUUGAAUUCUCAACAAAAACUCGCGCGAGUAAAAUUUUUAAAUGCUAAGUUCAAUGGUAAAACUAUUAAAGUUAAGGCCAGUGAAGACGAAGUAUCAACUAAAAACAAAAACAGUAGCAACAACGACAGCGGCAAAUCAAUAAUAUCAACUAAUUCAGCAGGAAUGUUUUUACCAAGACAAUAUUCCAAACCAAAAGUUGGAAUUAAAAUUCAAAAGAAUUUAAACAAAUACAAAAAAUGA